AUGGAAAAGAUAUAUAAUGCUAAGAGGUGCCUUGAUGACAACAGGUUGGCGUUUAUCGAGUAUUUACUUACUGGUGAGGCCAGCCACUGGUGGUCGAGCGUGAAGACUAUACUAACUGACGCUCACAUUCCCAUCACUUGGGAAGUUUUCAGAAGUAAAUUUUAUGAAGAGUAUUUCCCAGACAACGUUCGUUACGCCAAGGAAGUGGAGUUCCUUCAAUUGGUACAAGGGGGGAAGUCAGUAUCGGAGUAUACCAACACGUUCAAGCAAUUAUUGAGGUUCAACACUAUGGCCACUAGUGAAGAGUGGCAGUGUAGGAAAUUUGAGAACGGACUGAGGAGUGAUCUGAAGGUGUUGAUCUCCAGUUUAUGUAUUCGGUCAUUUCCUGCCAUGGUGGAGAGAGCCAAAGUACUGGAGAAGAAUCUGGCAGAGGUAGAACGACAAAAGAAGCAACAACAGGUGGUUAGGGGACCGAUCGUAUCAAGAAACAAUACUAAUCUGAGAAGGACCCCCUACACUCAUCCAAACCAACCAUCAAAUACAAGUGGGUCUCAAGCGCUGGUCACUACCAGACAACCUGGACAACAAGGAAACGUUACUUGUUUCCAGUGUGGAGGACCACAUUACCGUUCGUCAUGUCCUCAGCUGGUGGGAGGAAAACACUGCACUCGUUGUGGAAGGAAUGGACACUUGAAGAAUGAGUGCAACUUUGGAGGACGAGCGGUGACGAGACCACCGAACGCAGGAAGGAAUCAACCAAGAGGUGGUCGAGCCCAAGCGGUUGGGCGUGUAUAUGCUAUAACGGGCGCGGAAGCAGCAAGCUCAGGAAUGGAUUGGUUGGCUACCAAUCGCGUUCUGAUAGAUUGUGGUAGGAAGGGAUUAGUAUUUCCUGAUGAAGAAGAAGAAGAGUUAUCAGUGACGCUCAGUCAAUUGAAGGAAGAUAUCAUGGAGGGUGCCAGCUGUUUCCUGAUAAUGACGCACGCAGAUGAGGAGUUUGGAGGAUUAAUACUUGAGCGAUCGUCCAGUAGCGAACUCGGUGGAGGACGAUCGGUUGUGGAUGAGUUCCCUGAUGUCUUUCCGGAAGAAAUGCCUAGACUACCUCCUACUCGUGAGGUUGAGUUCACGAUCGACUUGGUGACGACCGCAACACCCAUCUCCGUUCAGCCUUAUCGUAUGUCGCCUGCAGAGUUAGCUGAACUCAAGAAUCAGAUUUAA